AUGGCCACCGCUACGAUUGAAUUGCCUUACCUCGCGUCGCAUUACUCCAUUGAGGAGUCGACACUCUCUACUCUUUUGCAAAAUCCUACCAUCGAACUGGUUAAUCAGCUCUUGGAGGCUAUCACGAAAAAGGCUCGGGAAUAUGACGAGCUCAAGUCGGAUAAGCUGCGUUUGGAGGUGGAGCUCGAAAAUGCCGUUCGCAGCAGCAGCUCCAAGAUCAAGGUUUUGAAGAACUCCGUUGACAAGGGGCACGCGGAGGUUGAGGAGACAAGAAAGAAACUACACGAGUCGGAAAAUGCUCGGUCCAACUUGGAAUCUGAGAUUGCUUCGCUCAAGUCAUCAUCUACGUCCAAUGAAUCCGAAGUCAGCUCCUUGAAGUCGCGCAUCACCUCUCUCGAAGCCUCCAACAGAGAUACCCUUUCCCUUUUGGAAUCCAAGUCCGCAGCAUACGACAAGCUAGCCGAGGAGCUUUCCACACAGCACAAGAAGAUAAUCGAACUGAGACGUGAGCUUUCGACCGCCGAGCAAAACCUUCAAGCCGCGAACUCCGCCUCUGCUAGUGCCCGGUUUCGUGAGCAGAGCCUCGAGCAAGAUUUAGAUCUGACAAAGAAGAACAACGAAUGGUUUGAGACGGAGUUAAAGACAAAGUCCGCGGAGUAUUUGAAGUUCCGCAAAGAAAAAACGGCUCGAAUUUCGGAGCUUCAACGUGAAAAUGAAGAAGCUAAUUCUGCGAUUGAUUCUUUAAGACGUAGUGAGAACGCACUAAAGAGUCGUCUCGACGAGGUAGAGCAGCGCUACGAAGAAUCUCUCUCUAAUAUCCAGCAACUCAAAGAGGACGCUAUCCAGGCGGCCGAGUCGUUUAGGAUCGAACUUGAUAGUGCGAAUCGACUGGCUGAACUGCAGGGUAAUGCUGCAGAAACUGCCAAGCAGCGUGUGCAGGAGUGUCAACUGGCCCUUGAAAAAGCAAGGGACGAUGCGGCGGAGGAGAUAUCAAGACUUCGUGUGGAGGUGGAGACUGAACAUACUGAUAAGGAGGCGGCUGAACGUCGUGUCACCGAACUUGAACUUUCCAUCAGCCGGCUUGAAUCAGAUGGCGUUGCUGGCAGGAGAUCCAUAAGCCCAGCCCAUGGACUGAACGGAGGGCCUAGUACACCUGUACGCGGUGGAACUCCGGCCGCCACAUUCUCGCCUAGGGCCUCUCGUGGAAAGGGUGGUCUCACUCUCACGCAGAUGUAUACUGAGUACGACAAAAUGAGGACACUCUUAUCUGCGGAGCAGAAGACUAGCCAGGAGCUGAGAUCCACUCUCGAUGAAAUGGUUCAGGAUCUCGAAGUAUGCAAGCCUGAAAUCGAUGAACUGAGAACUGAAAACUCAAGACUACAGGAUGCGGUUGUUGAAAUGUCUGACAUUCUUGAAACUUCUGGGAAGGAGAGGGAUGAUGCAACGAAGGAAGCAAGGAAGUUCCAAGGCCAGGUGGAAGGAUUGGCACGUGAGGGAGACAUCUUGCGCCAACAACUAAGAGACCUAAGUGCUCAAGUUAAGGUUUUGGUGCUGGAAGUCGCAAUCCUGAAGGAAGGCGAGAGUAGCUACGACAGGGAGGAGCUUGAGAAGGUCGCCCGCAAGGAAAUUGACGAAUCUGCUGCGGAUCUCACUCCAACAGGGCGCUUCAUUAGCCAAAAUUUGAUGACAUUUAAGGAUCUUCAUGAGCUCCAGGAGCAAAACAUUACUCUCAGGCGUAUGUUGAGAGAGCUGGGUGAUAAGAUGGAAGGGGUGGAGGCUCGUGAGAAGGACGCUGUUCGUCAACAAGAACAGGAAGAACUAAAGGAAUUGAGAAUCCGCGUACAGACGUAUCGCGAUGAGAUCGCCAAUCUUGUUGCCCAGACGAAGAGCUACGUCAAGGAACGGGAUACCUUCCGCAGCAUGCUGACCCGCCGACGUCAAACAGUCGGGGAUUCAUCAGUCUUCUCUCAAUCGCUUCCUCUCGGGGCUGUUCCGCCAACUGCUGACGAACAGGCCAAGGAUGCUCCUGAUUAUGCCGAUUUGCUGCGCAAGGUGCAAGCACACUUUGACAGCUUCCGCGAGGAAUCUGCCACCGAUCAUUCUGCCCUCAAGCAACAAGUCAACGACCUUUCGCGGAAGAACAGUGAGCUACUAAGCGAGAUAAGCCGAUCCAACAGCCAGCUCGGUGCCGCCACUCAGCGAGCAGAACUGCUCCAAAGCAAUUUCACUAUGCUUAAGAAUGAAAACUCGGAGCUCCAGAAACGCUAUGCCGCGCUUCUGGAGAAUGCAAACAAACAAGAUCUUAGGACUCAACAAGCGGCAGAGGAUCUAGUUGAAACAAAGGGUCUUGUCGAAAGCCUUCAACGGGAGAAUGCGAACCUGAAAGCGGAGAAAGCUCUCUGGAAGAACAUCGAGAAGAGACUUAUCGAGGACAACGAGACACUACGGAAUGAGCGGGGGCGCCUUGAUGCUCUGAACGCUAACCUGCAGACGAUCCUGAACGAGCGUGAACACACUGAUUCUGAGAGAAGCCGCCGCUUGCAGAUCAGCGUCGAAUCCCUUGAAUCCGAACUACAAUCGACAAAACGGAAGCUAAACGAUGAAAUUGAGGAGUCGAAGAAGGCAACCUUGCGGAGGGAGUACGACCAUGAACAAAGUCAAAAGCGGAUCGACGACUUAGUUACAAGCUUGAGCUCCGUCAGAGAGGAGCUGGUUGCCACAAAAACAACCAGGGAUCAUCUACAGUCCAGGGUGGACGAACUCACCGUCGAGCUCCGAAGUGCUGAGGAGCGCCUCCAAGUGGUUCAGACUCGACCGAGUGCUUCCGCUCCAGCUGCUGAGGAGCCUGUAGCGACCGAGGUGAGCGGGCAGGAGAGCGGCUUGACCCGUGAACAAGAAUUGGGCAUGCAGGUCGCUGAGUUGAAGCGUGAUCUGGACCUGGCCAAGGGCGAGCUUGAGCAUGCGAAGGAACAAGUUGAGGAUUACAAGGCUAUCAGUCAAGCAACUGAGGAAAGACUGCAGUCUGUUACAGAGACUCAUGAACAGUAUCGUGAGGAUACUGAACGCCUGGUUGAGGAGAAGGAAAAGAAGAUUCAAGAUCUUGAGAAACGGAUUGAGGAAAUCUCCUCUGAGCUCUCCACUACUAAUACUGAGCUGUCGAAGAUUCGAGAUGAACAAGGGGAGACUGCACGACGCCUGGAGGAGCAAAAGUCUGCACUGGAAAGCGAAAUCACUAGACUGAAGGAUGAGACCGAACGCCAAAUUGCCACCUCUCAGUUCCACCAAGAUGAUCUGAAGGCCCAAGCAGAGAUUACACAGCAUGCUCAACAAAAUUACGAGAGCGAACUGGUUAAGCAUGCCGAAGCUGCGAAGAACCUGCAACUGGUUCGCUCUGAGGCUAAUCAGUUGAAGCUUGAGCUUGCUGAGAUGCGGGCUAAAGCAGACAUGUAUAAAAAGGACCUCUCCCAAAAGGAAGAAAGCUGGAGUGAAUUGAAGGAUAGAUACGAAAGUGAGCUUGCAGAAUUGCAUAAGCGCCGCGAGGAAGUCCUCCAACAGAACUCCCUGCUUCAUACUCAACUUGAAAAUAUCACGAACCAGAUUUCAGCCCUGCAACGGGGUCGUGCAAACGUCCUUGAGGAUGAGCAGGGAGAGGCAAUGGCGCCAGAUCUGGAAAAGCUUCAGGAAGUUAUCAAGUUUUUGCGCCGCGAGAAGGAAAUCGUGGAUGUUCAAUACCACUUGUCUACACAAGAAAGCAAACGCCUCCGACAGCAGUUUGAAUACACCCAAUCUCAACUAGAUGAGGCGCGCCUCAAACUCGAGCAGCAACGUCGUGAAACUGCGGACAGCGAGCACUCCGCUCUGAGCCACAACAAGCUAAUGGAAACGUUGAACGAGCUAAAUCUUUUCCGGGAAAGCAGUGUUACGCUACGCAGCCAAGUCAAGCAAACAGAGACAGCUCUAGCUGAGAAAUCAGCACGCGUCGAUGAGCUCGUACUGCAAAUCGAACCCCUCGAAACUAAGAUCAGGGAGCUUGAAAAUAUGGUGGAAACAAAAGAUGGUGAGAUGCAACUUCUGCAGGCGGACCGCGACCGUUGGCAGCAGCGCACCCAAAAUAUCCUGCAGAAGUAUGACCGUGUGGAUCCGGCUGAAAUGGAAGGACUAAAAGAGAAGCUCGCAACAUUGGAGAAUGAAAGAGACAAAGCUGUGUCAGCCCGGGAUGCUUUGCAAGCGGAGAUUGCUGCAUUCCCGGAGCAACUGAAGAAACACGGUGAUGAAAGGGUGCAGGACUUGCGUGCUAAACUUACCGAACAGUUCAAGGCUCGAUCGAAGGAGCUUACUGGGCGUAUUAAUGCCAAGCAAGUGGAAUUAAAUUCGGUUGUCCAAGAGAAGGAGGUGCUACAGGAGGAGCUGAAGACAACUAAAGAAGAGCUGAAUGAACUCAAGAUAAGGAUGGCCGAGAAGCCCGCUGUUCCUGUGGCAGAAGAACCAUCCGGUACAUCCGGUGUUGACUCGACUCCUGCAGCUCAGUUACCUGCAUCAACCACGCAAGUCGUUGCGCCCAGUGAUGAUGAAAGGGUGAAGACGCUGGAGGACAAGGUACACCGUCUGGAAGCUGCUCUUGCUGAAAAGGAGGCUGCUAUAGCCGCUAAGGAUGCUGAGCAUGAGGCGAAGGUCAAGGAACGAGCAGACAAACUCAAGGAGACCUUCAACAGUAAAAUAGCCGAAGUUAAAGCCAGCCAUCGACAAGAAAUAGAGCAACUGAGGUCAGAUCAACAAGUCGCCCCUCAGGAGUCAAGCACGCCAGGAUCCAAACCCGACCAAGCCCCUGCAACUCCUUCCAAAUCCGGCGAGCUCCCUGAGCUCACAGACGCCCAAGCGAGGGCACUGGUCGCUAAGAACGAAACUAUCCGGAAUAUUGUUCGAAGCAACAUCCGAGCAAUGGUUGCUAAGGAGAAGGAGAAGGACAAGCAGGAAGCGCAGUCGUCUGCCGAAGCCAACCAGGAUGCCCUGUUAUCCCUGGAGCAGAAAUUCAACCAGGAAAGAGAGGCACUUAAAGAGGCUCUUAGAAAGGCUCACGAGGAGGGCUUAGAAGAAAAGAUCAAGUCAGCGGUUGAGUUGUCUGAUAAGAAAACACUGGUCAAGAUCAGCAUGCUUGAUACUCGGUUGAGGACUGCCCAGGCUAAGAUCGAGGUAGUUCAAAAGGCGGCCACUGAAACUCCGCAGAAGGCCGUCGUCGAAGUAUGGGAAGUGGCCAAAACGGCAAAGGCAGCACCUGCUGUUUCUCAAGGGUCCAAGCCUACAGCUUCACCAGCACAGCAAACUCCCACUCCUACUUCGGCAGCGGCACAGCCUGCCACUGUGCCGUCCCCGGCCCCGGCAACCGCACCCACGCCCGCGAUCCAAAGCCAACAGCAAAAUCAACCACAAGGACCUCCGGAGACACAAGCUGACCAGGCUCCAGAGGCUGCUACGGUCGAGCCCGUGGCCCAAUCGGAUGGACAACAGCCAACUAUCAGUGCUUUGACCACGGCUCCCGUUGCAGGUAAUGCUCCCGGAAGCCCGUUUGCCCCCCUCCAAAGCAAGCAACCCGCUUCGUUGCCCAGCAAGCCCCCGGCUGGUUCUGGCACAGGUGUGCUCCGAGCACUUCAGUCUGGCCUUCCAGUCGCACGAGGUAGCCGAGGCGGUGCCCGUGGUGGCGGCCCACAACACAAUCCGUUUGGUUCACAGGGCCAGCAGCAGCCACAGGGUCAGCAACAAGCGCAGUCCCAGAGUCAGCGUGGUGGCGCCCCCCCUCGUGGUCGUGGAGGACGGGGCGGCGGCCGGGGUGGACAUCAGAACGUCCAGACUGCCAAUGUACCACAGGGACAGGGUCAAUCUAGCCCCGGUGGAGGACGAGGUAGCUUAAACGCCCAUGCCCGCCAAUUCGUCCCCCAAGGAAACAAACGAGCCCGGGAGGAUGGUAGCGAAGGUGCAAACGAAGGGGGAACCAGUGGUGGGAAGCGAAUGAGAGGCGGCGGUCAUGCUCGAGGAGGAUCUUAA